AUGGGUUCGGAACGCCCAGAAGACGACCACAGGUCGCGUCGCCGUGACGACUACCGAGACGACCCUAGAGACAGCAAAAGCAGCAACAGCAGACACAACAAGCACGAUUCGGCAGAAGACUCACAUAGACAUCGCAAGCGCUCUCGGGACCGGUCCCGCCACAGGUCUCGGUCUCCUAGACGAGAUCACCGAAGACGAUCCAGAUCACCAGACGCCAAAAAGCGCCGAUCGCGUUCGCGCUCACCACGCGACAGAGACAGAGGCAGAGACAGAGACAGAGACAGAGAUAGAGAGAGGAAAAGGGAAAGGGAUCGACAUAGAGACCGAGGAGACGGAGACAAGGACAAAGACGGCCAUUCGGCCAGAGACAGAGACAGGGAAAGGGAAAGAGACCGCCGCAGGGACCGCUCAUCAGAAAGACACUCUUCCCGGAAAGAAACACGACAGCUAGAUGACUCAAAGCCAGAAACAAAUAAUGCCGACAACAAGCGCAGCCUAAUCAAGCGAAGCGGCCCCUUACCCUCUCAAGGUGACACCUUUGCUGUCAGCACUGGCGAGGAACCCGAGAAACCCAAGGAGAAGCCGAACUUUGGCAACACAGGCGUGCUCGCCGCCCAGUCCAACACGGUUACGCAAGCCGACGGAACCACUGUCACACUCAAAUACCACGAGCCACCCGAGGCCCGCAAGCCCGCCCCUCGCGACCAGUGGCGGCUGUACGUCUUCAAGGGCGACGAGGUCAUCGACACCAUUGAACUGCACACGCGCAGCUGCUGGCUCGUCGGGAGGGAUCUGACCAUUGCCGACUUGCCAGCCGAGCACCCGAGCAUCAGCAAGCAGCAUGCCGUCAUCCAGUUCCGCUAUACGGAGAAGAGGAACGAGUACGGGGAUAAGAUCGGCCGUGUGAAGCCGUAUUUGAUCGACCUGGAGAGCGCGAAUGGUACCAAGCUCAACGGCGACAAGGUCCCGGAUAGUCGGUACCUGGAGUUGAGAGACAAGGACAUGAUCCAGUUCGGGUCCAGUACGAGGGAGUACGUGCUUAUGCUCCCGCCCAAGGAUUAA